AUAGUAUAAAAAAAAAUGGAGGAAGAGAAGCAGUAGUAGCUAGUUGCAGUACCACAUGUUGCAAGAGGCGUGAAGACAACAACAAUCACCGCACCAAAUGGCAAAUGCCAAUGGUAUAUCGAAACAUGGACUUAGUUGUUGGACAACCAGAGAGAUUUUUGGGUUCUUUUGACUGAAUCACACCUGCUCUUCCCCUCCUGUCUCUCCAUCUCUCUCUCUCUUCUCUGCUCUUCUUCAAGCUUUAACCCCAACUCAACAGAACACCUGUUUCUCCUCUCAGCCUUUCAUCCAUCAUUCUCAGCUGGCCAUACCAGAAAACAAACACAACUAAGCUUUGAAUAGAAAAUGGUUAGUCCAUUCAAAGACCACCAAUCUCACUCUCCAUCUUACACUCACUCCUUCAUCAAGAAAAUCUUACCUUAUUUCAUCUAUGUCAUACUUCCCAUUGCUGUAAUCCGCCUCUACCUUUACUCCCCCACUCUCCCUCAAUCCUCCACAGUUCACUAUCACCUCCCUCAACCCUCCACAGUUCAUCACCUCCCUCACUCCACCACCCCCAUUUCCAUAACCACUCCAUCUUCUUCUUCUUCUUCUUCCUCUUCACAUGAAGAAGAAGAGAAGAAACCAGAAGCUAAAGAAACUCAAUGUGACUACACAGAUGGGAACUGGGUCCCUGACAAAAUGGGUCCUUUGUACAAUGGCACAACCUGUGGGACAAUUAAGGAAGGCCAGAAUUGCAUCACCCAUGGGAGAUCAGAUUUGGGUUAUCUCUACUGGAAAUGGAAACCCAAGCAGUGCCCUUUACCAAGGUUUGAACCCAACACUUUUCUCCAUCUCCUUAGAAACAAGCACAUAGCUUUUGUCGGUGACUCCAUGGCCAGGAACCAAUUGGAGUCCCUUCUUUGCAUGCUAGCCACUGCCUCUCCUCCCAAACUUGUUUACACUGAGGGUGAGGACAACAAGUUUAGGAGGUGGAACUUUGCUUCUCACAAUGUCAAUGUGUCAGUGUAUUGGUCACCCUUUCUUGUUAAAGGUGUUGAGAAAUCAAAAUCAGGGCCUGAUCACAAUGAAUUGUAUUUGGAUCAAGUUGAUGAGAGGUGGGCAGCUGAUAUGGGUAAGAUGGACAUGGUUGUGUUAUCAGUUGGGCAUUGGUUUUUGCAUCCUGCUGUGUAUUUUGAGGGUGGUUCAGCUCUUGGGUGUCAUUUCUGUCCUGGUCUGAAUCACACUGAGAUUGGCUUCUAUGAUGUUCUGAGAAAGGCCGUAAGGACUACCCUAAAGACCAUAACUGAAAGGAGAGGGACUAGUGAGAAUGGGAUCAAUGUAAUUGUGACUACAUUUUCACCAGCUCAUUUUGAAGGUGAGUGGGACAAGGCUGGGGCUUGUCCCAAGACCAAGCCUUACAACAAGGGAGAGAAAAAUCUUGAAGGAAUGGAUGCUGAGAUGAGGCAAGUUGAGGUGGAAGAAGUGGAAGCUGCUAAGGUGAAUGGUAAAGGGUUUUCAGGGUUUAAGGUUGAAGAAUUGGAUGUGAGCUAUUUGUCAUUGAUGAGGCCAGAUGGGCACCCUGGGCCUUAUAUGAACCCAUUUCCAUUUUUUAAUGGGGUGAAAGAGAGGGUGCAAAAUGAUUGUGUACAUUGGUGUUUGCCUGGGGCUAUUGACACAUGGAAUGAGAUAUUGCUGGAGAUCAUGAAGAAAUGGAAUCGGGGUUGAUUAUUGAGAGGUAUGUGAGUUAUUACAGGACCAGAUUGGUGGCUUCUUUUUAAUGUUGCUCUAAAUUUGGGUGGUGGUGGUUGAUCCGGACAAAGCCAAAAGAUGAGGUAGGCAAAAUUGAAUUGGCUGGUUUUGUUUGGGCUCUGCUGUAACUGAAGGAAACAAAGAAGAUUGAGAAUUUGGUGCAGAAAUUUUGAGGGAGAUUUAAAUUAAGGGUGCCUUUGUAAUCAUUAUGCUUGGAAGGUAGUUUCCAUGGAUGUUGGUCUAUGGGAAGUGUACAAAUGAAUUCAAUUGCAAGAGGUGGUAUAGAAUCGUUAUAGAUAAUUGGCAGUUUCUGUGUUUUGUUUCAGAAUCUAUAGCUUGCCACGUUUUUACAAAUUUCCGGCCUUCAAAAUCAACUGUUUCCCUUGAGGGAUUUGUGUGAAUGUGAAUUUGUAUCGUUAUAUCUUUUUCUUCAA